AUGGCGACGAGUCGUAGAUGCACCACCCUCGUCGUUUUGGUCGCCGCCCUCGUCGGAAUCUCGGACGCCGGUAACAUCCCGGGCGGCGGUCAUGGAGGAGGGUUCGGCCAUCGAGGAUUCAAUGGUGGGCCCGGGAGAUUCGGUGCCGGAGGAUUCGGUGGGGGCCACGGGCGGUUCGGCGGCGGUCCCGGAAGAUUCGGAGGUGGCCACGGAGGUGACUACGGAGGUGGAUACGGGGGCGGCUAUGGGCAAGACUAUGGUCCCCCAAUGCCGUAUCAGUUUGGUUACAGUUCCCAAGACCCGGAUGGAACUCACGCUCACAGCCAGACUUCGGACGGACGUCGAGUACAGGGUCAUUACGUGAUCCAACUGGCCGAUGGUCGUCAGAGAAGAGUCGACUACACAGCUGACGAGACCGGCUUCCAUGCCAAGGUGAUGACGAACGAGCUCGGAACCGAAUCUAAGGACGCGGCAGAUGCUAUCUACGAGUCCUCCGCGAUUCCUGGGGAUCAGGCGGCGAUCCAAGGGGGACCCGGCCCGAGAGGACCUUAUGGAGGGGGACCUGGUCCAAGAGGACCUUAUGGAGGGGGACCCGGUCCAAGAGGACCUUAUGGAGGCGGACCGCAUCAUGGAUUCCGAGGUGGUUCUUUCGGGGGUCCUCACGGUGGUAGAGGUUUCGGACCUGGCGGUAGAUGGUAG